AUGCCCAAAAGGACCAGUGAACCAUCGACCAGCUUUUCUGACCAGAAAUAUGCUCGACUAGAGGAGUUCGACAAGCAACAAGCCGAUUCUUCAACCUCAUAUCAGCCAAACUACCGCGACCCAAACUGGGACAUUGGAAGGUACGUUGAGAUCUUGAAAAAUGGACAUCAACCGGACGCCUAUUCUAAAUUAAAGUUCUUUACAGAGCCUUAUACUCCUGACGAGGAUUAUACAGUGAGUUUUUUGUUUUCUUUGGUUGUUUUUGGUUUAGGUUCAUCAAUAAUCUGAAGGUCUGAUAGUUUUUGAUAAAGUUGUUGCAUUUUGAGAAAGUUUGAACAAUUUUCUCAUCAAUAUGACUAGAAAAGAGUCUUGCAAACGUAUUGAUGCCAAAAUUAGCCUUUUUAAGACUAGAGAAGCUUGAAAAAAUCCACCUUACCAAAGACGUUAGGAGCAUCAUAUGUUUUAGCCAUAAACUCCUCUGUUUUGAGUAAAUCCUAAAUAUUAUUGAUUUAAAUAGCGAGAAUAAGGUCUUGUGAUCCUCUUCCUAAAAAAUUCGCAUAUUUUGAGAUCCGUAUAAGAUCCAAAGAAGACCAAACCAUGAAUAAUAUCCAUGACUUUAGGAAUGGCCAACGUUUGAACGCAAAAGAGGUGCCCGAAUCGUUCGCGAACGGCUCGGAAGGACGUAUUUCGAUCCGGAAAAGGCCCACAACUACUUUAGCUACUCAGUAAAAGACAAAGGGAUCUACUGUCGAGCAUGUGCCAUCUUCGCGUCAGAUAAAGAAGGUCCGGCGGAAGCUUCAAAGUCUGAUAAGCUGAUCAAAUCGCCGUUUAUAAACUUUCGCAAAUUCAACGGUGGACAAAGUCAAGGGAAGACAAAGCACGAGAAAGGGACGUUUCACUUGGAAUGUGUUCAACGUGCCAAUUCUUUUUUAAACUCAAUGGCAGAACGACCAGGUGUGAGGAUACCACCGCCUUUUCAACAAAGUUUAGUCACUUAUCAGGUGGUGGAUUUCGGUGGUGUUAGAUUUGUUUUGCCGUAA